ACAAAUAAGUCCAAUUGUCUUUUGCAUAGUAGAUAAUUUCAUGUGUGAUGUCCGUUUCAAUUGGACAUCCUCUCGCAAAAAAGACAAAUUAAGGACCUCUAAAAAGUUUACUGUUUGUUCACUGUUUUUAUUUAAUUUAUUUUUUUGCUGAGAGCUCCUUAGAUGUUUAAAUGAUGUGAAAAUUGAAGCGGAUCUCACGCAAGAACUUAUCUACCAUGAGAGUUUUUUUUUUGGAAUUUUUGGCACCGAAACGCUGCAUUUCUGAGCCCGGCUCAUCUGCGUCCGCCCUGAUUAACUGUAUUCCGUUGGUUUACUCUUAGCCGACUUGGCUGCAAUCUUCUGACUCGGAAUUUACAAUGGGCCCUGUCCUUUGGCACUCAUCCCCAUCUCGCCCAAAAUCAUGCAAGUGCAGGAUACAGAUUAAUAUCGAGAUUAAGCACGGUGCACAGUCAGCUUCAGAAGAUCAAUCCCCAAAGCAGCGACCUAGGUUAUUUUAGGGGAUGCAUCUUCUUAAAUCUUCCUUGCUUAAGGAGGAGUACAUGGUAAUAGUACGAUUAUCUUACAGAAUACAUAUAAUAUUGUCCUGACCCGGUCAGUCUACAGUUGCUCCCUGGUAAUUAGGGUAGUUAUUAGUUGUUACUCGUACUACCAGUCAACCACUUGGGAGAGUGUGAGAGGGUUUCUUGGGCGUUUGAUACCUGGUUUCCGGAGGAGUUGGUUAAAGGAAGUUUCGUUCGUUGCAUGGUCUACCGCAACUGCAUCACUCGUGGAGAUGAGAUUGGUCGGAUCUGAACUCCACCUUCCCAGAUCCUUGCCGUAGAGCUCAUGUCUUUGGCGCAAGGACGCCAGGAAUCCAUCGUGUGUGAUGCCUAAAGGCGGAUUCGUGUGGAGGGGUUCAUUCUGCGGGAAUGAAGAGGAUUGGAGUCUAGGGAUUCUCGUCUCACCGCUGAAAUGCUCAUCCAACUACAUAUCUUGUUGAACUGCAUCUUGCUCAGAGUACCUGACGGAAAGAUCGCCGGAGCCGGCCUGAUUCCUCGGAGAUGGCGAAGCCGGGAAGGCGCCCUGUAAACAAGUAUGCACUUGCCGCCACCGUGCUCUCGGCGGCGACGCCCCUCUUCUUGGGCUACGACCUGGCCAUGGUGAGCAGCACGGCCGUGCUCGCGGAGGCCGACCUGAGGCUCCUGGCGUGCAUAGUGGUGCUCUCCACCCUCGUGGGCGCGUUCACCGCCGUGGUAGCGCAGUGCCUCAUCGGGGACCGCCGCACCGUCCUCCUCUCUGCCGCGGUGCUCUGCGUUGGCGCGCUCGCCAGGGGGCUCGCCGCCGGCCCCGCGGCGUUCGCGGCCGGUGUCUUCGUCAACGGCGUCGGCAUGGGCCAGGCGCUCAUGAUCGUCCCGGCGUACGUCGCCGAGCUCAGCCCCUCCUCGGUGCGCGGCGCCCUCACCUCCCACCCGGACGGCUUCGUGUACCUCGGCUGCAUCCUCGGCUCCCUCUGCUACUCCACGGGCUUCUUGAAGCUCCCGGCGCACCUCGCCUGGUGGCUGACCAUAGUCUCCGGAACGGCCGUUCCGGCCUCGCUCAGCUUCGCCGUCCUUCUCAUGCCGGAGUCGCCCCGGUGGCUCGUGGCCAGGGACCAGGUGACCAAGGCCCGGCGUGUGCUCUCCAGAACGUCUGCGACGCUGGAGGAGGCGGAGCUCCGUUGGCUUGAGAUAAAAGCCGAGCUCGGCACGCCGCACGAUGGCACCGAAGAGAAGGUGGCGACGUCGGUGACACGUAACCGGUGGAAGAAGGAGUGCGCGAUAUGGCGGGAGCUGCUGGCGAGGCCGACGGAGCCUCUCCCCCGCGCGGUCGUCAGCGCGCUGGUCGCCAAGGUCUUCGCAUCCGGCAUGGGGCGCAUGUCCCAGUACGUGCAGCGCGCGUUCCUCGACGUCGGCGUCUCGUCGGCCCGGCAGAUGCCGAGGGCGCUGCUGGCGUUCGGGAUCGUCGUGGUGAUGUCCUUCUCCGUGUCGCUGGUCCUCGUGGAGCUCGGCUUGCUGCUGGUGACGGCACUCGCCGCAGGAAGCCGCGCGCCGUCCCACCCCAUGCCGCACCGGGGCGGCCACGUCGGCAUGACCCGGCGGCAGGAGCAGCUGAAGCGGUCGAGGGGGAUGUCCGCGACCAUGCUGCUGUCGCUGAUAGCGCUGGUGUGGAUCGCGCCCGGGCCGGCGCAGUGGGCGGACGCUGCGUCGUCGUCCGGCAGCAGCCGGUGGCUGUGGGCGGCGGCAGCCGUGGCGAACACGGCGUCGGUCUUGUGGAGCUUCGCGAGGGCGUACGGUGCCACCUCCGUUCCCGUGCACGGGGGCUUGCUCGUUUGCCCCGCGGUCGGCGUGCUCGUGUGGAUGUUCUUUUGUGCGUGCCUUCUUGGCGCGAGGAGGAGGCGAGCCAGCUUCAUUCACGUACGGUCUUUCCCAAUAACCACGUCCGCCGCUAGUCUAGCCAGCUUGAUCCACGGCUGAACGGGCGACGGCACCGCAGGCAAGGAUGGGUUCCCUCCGGUCAUUGGCCAGGCGAUGCUAGCGACGCCAUUCUUGCAUUUCUCCUGUGCGUGCGCGCUAACGAGGACUGGCGAUAGCACGCAGUCGGUGCCUCGUGGAUGUUCGUGCGGGAAUGGAAAAUGUUACAGUAGAAAUUUGGGAGCAGAGUUCCGAUCGGUCGUUAUCGCUCAGAACGACAAUGUCAUUGUUGCUCGGCAUUAAGAAGGGGAAAUUCACGAUCUCUAAGAGCGCUUCGACCAGCGCCCAAAAAAGGAAUUUACAGCGUGCGUCUAGUUUUUUUAA